AACUGUCGUAGCGGCUCAUUUGGGUGAGAUACCUCGUGCUACCAACGUUUUUACAAGACUGAUUUUAAUAAACUUCAAAAUAUGGACGCAACUGAACCACCAAAAUUCGUUAUUAAAAGAGAUGGAAGGAUGGAAGAUGUUAUGUUUGACAAAAUUACUUCAAGAAUAGUUAAGUUAUCGUAUGGACUUAAUCGUAAUUUUGUCCAUCCGAUUGUAAUUACGAGAAAAGUUAUUGAGAGUAUGAAAGAUAAAAUGACAACUGUUGAGUUAGAUGAUCACGCAGCUGAAACCGCCGCUCAAAUGGCUGUAAAUCAUCCAGAUUAUGCAAUACUUGCUGCAAGAAUAGCAAUUUCAAACUUACAUAAGGAGACCAAGAAGGUUUUUAGCGAGGUUAUGACGGAUUUAUACAAGUAUGUUCAUCCGAAAAAUAAGACUUGGUGUCCUAUGAUUUCAAAAGAAUGCUAUGAAAUUAUAAAGGAGAAUGCAGACACUUUGAAUUCGGCAAUUAUAUACGAUCGGGACUAUCAAUAUACAUAUUUUGGAUUCAAGACUCUAGAACGUUCCUAUUUGUUAAGAAUUAAUGGAAAAGUAGCCGAAAGACCUCAACAUCUUUUGAUGAGAGUUGCAGUUGGAAUACACAAAAAUGAUGUCAAGUCCAUAAUCGAAACUUAUAACCUUCUGUCCGAAAAAUGGUUCACUCAUGCCACUCCUACUCUAUUCAAUGCUGCAACGAAUCGACCUCAGCUAUCAAGUUGUUUCCUGUUAACUAUGCACAGUGAUAGUAUCGAUGGAAUUUAUAAAACACUUCACCAAUGUGCCCUUAUUUCACAAUCGGCUGGUGGAAUCGGGUUAAACGUUCAUUGCAUACGUGCAACUGGAAGUAGAAUUGCUGGGACAAAUGGAAUUUCGAAUGGUCUAGUAAGAAUGUUGAGAGUUUAUAAUGAAACAGCAGCCUAUGUUGAUCAAGGCGGAAAUAAACGUCCUGGAGCUUUCGCAAUCUAUGUUGAACCGUGGCAUGCUGAUAUUUUUAGCUUUUUGGAUUUGAAAAAAAAUAGAGGAAUUGAGCAAGAAAGGGCUAGAGAUCUUUUCUAUGCUCUUUGGAUUCCUGAUCUUUUCAUGAAAAGAAUAAAGGCUAAUGGCGAUUGGACUUUAAUGUGCCCAAACGAGUGCCCAGGACUGGAAGAUGUUUGGGGAGAGGAAUUUGAAAAGCUGUACGAGUAUUAUGAAAGCGAAGGACGAGGAAGAAAAUCUUUACCAGCACGCAAAGUUUGGCAAGCCAUUAUCACCUCUCAAAUUGAGACUGGCACACCUUACAUGCUCUACAAGGAUGCAUGCAAUGGAAAGUCGAAUCAACAAAAUUUGGGUACCAUAAAAUGUAGUAACUUGUGCACUGAGAUCAUUGAAUAUAGUGAUGCUAAUGAGACAGCUGUUUGUAAUUUAGCAUCUUUAGCAUUACCAAUGUACGUUAAGGAAGAUAAAACUUUUGAUUAUGACAAGUUAAUCUAUGUCACGGAAGUUGUUGUCAGAAAUCUUAAUAAGAUUAUAGAAGUGAAUUAUUAUCCUGUGCCGGAGGCUGAAAGAUCUAAUAAACGCCAUAGACCAAUUGGGAUUGGAGUUCAAGGUUUAGCAGAUGCAUUUAUCAAGAUGAGACUUCCAUACGCCAGUGAAGAAGCACAAGAAGUUAAUAAAUUGAUCUUCGAGACUAUUUAUUAUGCGGCUGUUAAGACUAGCUGUAAACUAGCUAAAGAACAGGAGCCAUACGAAACAUUUGCAGGUUCUCCAAUGAGUAAAGGGAUAUUUCAAUUUGAUAUGUGGAACGUUAAACCAUCUGAUCGUUACGACUGGAAUGCUCUAAAAGAUGAUGUCAAAAAAUACGGCGUAAGAAACUCUCUAUUAGUUGCUCCAAUGCCGACAGCGUCUACCAGUCAAAUAUUAGGAAAUAACGAAUCCUUUGAAGCAUAUACAAGCAACAUUUACACUCGUCGUGUUUUAUCUGGAGAAUUUCAAGUGGUCAAUCAUCAUCUUUUGAAGGAUCUAACUGAGUUAGGUUUAUGGAAUCCAAGUGUUCGAGAGCAAAUGAUUGCUAAUGGAGGUUCAAUUCAAAACAUACCAUCUAUAUCUGAUGAGCUCAAGGAAAUAUACAAAACUGUAUGGGAAAUACCCCAAAGCGUUAUACUACGAAUGGCAGCUGAUAGAGGAGCAUUUAUCGAUCAAAGUCAAUCAUUAAAUAUUCAUAUUGCUGCUCCUAAUUACGCAACGAUGACCAGUAUGCACUUCAAAGGAUGGGAACUGGGAUUGAAGACUGGAAUGUAUUAUUUGAGAUCUCGACCAGCUGCAAGUGCCGUUCAAGUGACAGUCGAUAGAAGUAAAAUUCGUAGGUCUGUUUCUUUAUCUGAAGAAGGCAAGGAGAAAAAAGAGGAAACUGCUGCCGAUCGAGAAGAACAAGCGAUUUUGUGUUCAUUGGAAAAUAAGGAAAAUUGUGUUAUGUGCAGUGGCUAA